AUGGAGUUGCAGCAAGAAAUGGGUACAAUCAAAUCAUCAGAGACCAUGGAAGAACUGAAGCAACAACUGAAACAGGCUGGACCUCUUUGCUUAGUCAGUUUCUUAGAUUACAGUUUGCAGAUUAUAUCGGUCAUGUUCAUCGGCCAUCUCGGAGAGCUCUCCCUUUCUGUUGCUUCAAUGGCUUCCUCUUUUGCUGCAGUCACUGGUUCCCACUUCCUGCUAGGAACUGGAAGUGCACUCGAGACGUUUUGUGGACAAGCUUAUGGAGCACACCAAUAUCACAUGCUUGGAGUAUACACUCAACGAGCUAUGCUAGUUUUGAUGCUUAUAGCUAUUCCAAUAUCAAUCAUAUGGACUUACACAUGCACUAUCUUCAUUUGGUUUGGUCAAGAUGUAGAGAUCUCAAUGAAAGCCGAAACCUACACUCGUUGGUUGAUUCCCAGUAUUUUCCCAUAUGGGAUUCUUCAGUGUCAAUUCCGAUUCUUGCAAGCUCAAAGUAAUACAAAAGUGUUGAUGUUGAGCAGUGGAUUUACAUGCUUAGUUCACAUUCUUGCAUGUUGGAUUUUGAUCUUAAAGUUUGGAUUAAUGAGUAAUGGGGCUGCUUUGGCCUGUGCUAUUUCUUAUUGGAUUCAAGUGUCGUUUUUGGCGAUUUAUAUUAAGUUUUCAUGCACUUUUGAGAAGACAUGGACAAGGUUUUGUAAAGAAGCAUUUCUAAAUCUUGAAGAGUUUGUUUCGUUGAGUAUACCUUUUGCACUCAUGAUCUGGUAA